AACUAUCAGAUGCCCUGCAGAAGGCACAGACAGCCGAUUGGAAGGGAUAUAUUCGCUUUUUUUGGCCGUGGAACUCGACGUCGUCCCGGCUAAUUUCGUUUUUUGCGCUACGCUUUGAGCCUUUGGCCCCGGCUUACUUUACGAUACCUUUCAUUAGGAGCUGCUAGCAGGUCGCAAUCAUGUCGAAGCCCGCAGCAGCUGCUAAGGGCCUGGAGUUUGUGGUCAGCAAGGUGGACAACGUUGUGAACUGGGCGCGUGCGGGCUCCAUCUGGCCCAUGACCUUCGGCCUGGCCUGCUGCGCGGUGGAGAUGAUGCAUGCUGGCGCUUCACGCUAUGACCUUGAUCGCUACGGCAUUAUCUUCCGUCCCUCGCCACGCCAGUCCGAUGCCAUGAUUGUUGCGGGCACACUCACAAACAAGAUGGCGCCCGCGCUGCGCAAGGUGUAUGACCAGAUGCCUGAGCCCAAGUGGGUGGUGUCCAUGGGCAGCUGCGCGAACGGUGGCGGCUACUAUCACUACUCCUACGCGGUUGUGCGCGGCUGCGACCGUGUCGUGCCCGUGGACGUGUAUGUGCCCGGCUGCCCGCCCACCGCGGAGGGCCUGCUGUACGGCCUCCUGCAGCUGCAGAAGAAGAUCUACCGGUCAAAGACCACGCAGAUCUGGUACAAGAAGUAAGCAGCUGGCGCAGGAGCUUGGAACCGCUGCGCGCAGGCGCAGCAGCAGCAGAAAAGCGGCGGUUGGAGGGAUGUCAGCGCUGGGGAGGCGCUCUCUCGGCCGGAACCAGUGGGGGCACGGCUGUUGCUCGUUACGCACGGCUGUCUCAGCUUAAGCGUCCCAGGGCCACAGGAGCUGUAUGCUGGAAGCGGCAGGCGGGGAGGCGCUUAGGGGUGUGCACGGCGGGCUUGGAAAUAACUGGGGGGAACUAGCUUGGCGUUGUGGCGUGCGGCACAGUGGCGCCGUGUACUCUCCUGUUGUGGAGAAGGCUUAUUGCAUUAGCUUAGCAACCUAUUACAGGUGGCAGACAGUGUAUACUAUAGGCUUCUUUGUGGAAGCACAUGCUUGGGUAUGAAAUGAGGUGCAGCGGUUUGGCGCUAAUCGGUGCAGAUGAAGUUAGGCGUGAUGAACAUGGUAGGCCCGGUAGUGGGCCUGGUCAAUGAGAACUAGUCUGCAUGUAAAUGGCUUGGUCA